GAAAAAAAUAACUCUCAAUUUUCUCACACAAUUCUUUAAAAUGUCUACAAAUAUCACUUGGCACCCCUCCCUCACCCGCGCCGAGCGCACCACCCUCCGCAAACAACGCGGCUUCACAAUCUGGUUUACCGGACUUUCUGCCUCUGGAAAAUCUACCAUUGCCACCGCUCUCGAACAACAUCUUCUCCAUCUCGGACAUGCCGCAUAUCGUCUCGACGGCGACAAUGUCCGUUUUGGACUCAACAAAGAUCUCGGAUUCGACGAGAAGUCCCGCAACGAGAACAUUCGUCGUAUUGCCGAAGUCGCAAAGUUGUUCGCAGAUAGUUGUACCAUCGCUUUAACAUCAUUCAUCUCUCCCUACAAGGCAGAUCGAGCUGUUGCGAGGGAAUUGCAUGAAAAGGCCGCCAAUGGAGACGACGCUAUUCCAUUUAUUGAGGUUUUCAUCGAUAUUCCUGUUGAGGAGGCAGAGAAGAGAGAUCCAAAGGGAUUGUAUAAGAAGGCUAGAGCUGGUGAGAUUAAGGAUUUCACUGGUAUCAGUGCGCCAUAUGAGGAGCCCGAGAAGGCAGAGAUUCAUUUGAGGACGGAUAAGUUGAGUGUGGAGGAGUGUGUGCAGAAGAUUGUGGAGUAUUUGGAGAAGGAGAAGUUGUUGAAGUUGUAAAUUUAGAUACCUUGGACAAGACAUUUCGAGCGAUUGAAAAGAAUUAUUUCAUCAAAAAUGCUAGAUAUCA